GAACCAAGGGUAUUCUUGUGCGUGGAUGAAACACAACGUUUUUCGUAAGAAAUGGCGGUUUGAUUGUUAGCUCGGCCCCAAAUACACAGACAAUAUUUAUUUCAAAAUAAAUAGCAAAGAUGUGACAGGGUCUGACAGACUUGAGUGAAGGUUUUUUUUUUUGACAAUACUAAGGCGUUUGUGGCGAAGAAUAGCGCACAGAUGUCUCCCUUUUUCUUUGUUCGUCUUUGUUCGAUGAUUGCACUCAUAAAGUCCAUUAAGGGAGUUGUUGAGUAACUCGCCCUCAGGCCAAUUUAUGCGAGAGAAAUUUCUGAACAUGGCCUCAGUUUUCCUUAUGAAAGUCUUUGUGCCUAUUCUUGCUUCACUGCUACCCAUAAUCUCAGGAAGGCCUAACAUGCAGAAAUGACUGGAAAUCAAUUUACCGCGACUUCUUUUGAUGAGUUAGUUAAAGUCAAGGUUCAUCACUGCUAGGACAUUAUUUAUUUACCAUUUAUUUACCAUUUAGAUCUUUCACUCAAUAUUGAGCAUUUUAGACCGCUCUAGAAAAAAGAAAACAAACAAACAAAGGAAAACAAAAGUGGCAGAAAUGGCGCUCAUGAGCGCAGAGUAAUAAAACUGUCAAUAAAUGUUUGAAACUGCAUUUUUAAAAGCAGCCAGCGAAUUGGAAAAUGAUAUAUCCCUUGGGAGUUUGUGGAGUUUUACUGGACUGACGAAUAUAAAGUAAAUUGUAAAUAUGAAAUGGAUAUCCUUGUACACGUACUCCACUCGGAAUGACUUUCCAAGUAAUCGCAUAUUUCUUCGAUCUUUCUUUUUGUAGUCUCUAAGUCGUAGUGCCAGCGAACAAGAUCUCAUGUAUACAGGGCCCAUGUUUGAGGCUCCGGGCGAGAGUGGAGAGGAUGUACAAGUACUCGGUGGCUCGCAAAGCGGAUACCGCUAGCUUUUCCUGGCGCUUGCGACUUCUGCUCGUAGGCUAGAACAAUGCCGCUGUGUUCACACUGGUUUUUUCUUUUUUGCACCGUGAUUGCAGUAUCGUUUAAGAACCAUGCGAAGCAAGCGUUUGCCGUGUGAACAGGGCGGGAACGUAGGGUUCACUUUGUUAGCAGAAGCUGGCAUAGAAAUAAAUAAGUCAUCACAUCAAAUACAAAAAACACGAGAGGCAUUGUUUAAUCACAUUUAAAACACCGAAAGGAAAGUUUACAAUAUGACACGUAGCAGAGUAUUCUCAGACAAAAGAUGGUUUGUGAUGAGACACUGUCUCGAGUGUAUAGUGAACUUCGCAAACAAAAUGAUUUUGAAAGAAAAAAAGGUCCAAGAGCGAGGAGUUUUCAUUUGAUAUUCAAAUAUGUCACUAACAGUGCUCGGUUUCUUUGUUUUUGCGUUGUCAAUUAUCAUGAGUUAGAGAAGUUUAUCUACAAUUACUGAAAGUAAUAUCGCCCUAGAUGUAUGCUACUAGUUGCUACAGAUUCUAGGAAUUAAAGUUUUAAAUAAUAAUUUAUUUUUAAUCAACAGCUAUGACCUCCUGGGCUUGUAUUUCGCCUCAAACAACCAUCGCUAUCAUUUCACCAACAAUACUUCUGAUCCUGCUGUUUUACUACAUACUUGACAAAGAUCGACUCAAGCCUUUUGCCUUAUUAGACACCUACAAGAAAGUCAAGUCCAGUGACACCGACACCUCAGCAAACGUGGACCACCUCUACAAAGAGAAUCCAUUUGAACUGUCUUGGCGGGAAAAGGCAGUGGCGGCAUGGCAGAUACUGCCCUGUAUGGCCGCCCUUUGCGCUGCUUACAUAUCGCAAUAUAUCACAAUACAAGCGGUAUUCACGACGAUCGCGUUUGGUAACGCGCCUUUCGCACCAAGAGACCAUUAUGUGUACUAUGUACUUCUCAAUGGCAUCGGCGAGUUCUUACUGCGUUCCUAUUUAAGCAUAGUAGCUUGGGCCCGACCCGCGCUGGUGCCUCGCCUUGUCAUAAAACGCACAUGGAUUUUUUCGGUUUUGUUGCUCGCUGUUAUGGCUUUCUCCAUCAGCGCUUCCUAUUACAGGCUUUUCCAUAACGUCUGGUCAGUUUUGUUUCUGUGCUUUGUCAUUGGUUCGUUGUCAGGUGUCGUUUUUUCUAAUACGGUUUGCGCGGUACCGCUUAUCGUAGAGCCAAAAUACAAGGAGUUCUGCAUGGGACUGGUAACCAUUGGUGAGUCCGCUGGAGUUCUGAUUGCAAGUUUUGUUGGUCUUGCCGUGGAGCCAGCUUUAAGAAAACACUGUUCACAUAUCGCCAGUCACCCUUCACUUUGUUUUACCAGACACAAAUCGUACAAGUGGAGUUCGUCCGUUUGUUCUGCUAAAGCAUAAAAUUACUUUCACUUGUUUAACAUCGGGUUCGUUAAUGGUGUAGGUUUUUGUUUUCUUAUUGCAGACCACAUGAUGUUACCCCAGAGAACUGUUUCUUUCAAAUUUCGGCCAUAUGCUUGCAUAACUAAUAAAAAGUCCCUUGUGAACAUCACGUGGCCUGAAUUGGGAAAACAAAACACACAAGCUAAAAAGAUCUAUUCUGGACUCCACACUGUGGUUUAGUGCAACUUGGACUCCAGAUUCCAAUCGUUUUAGCGGGAUUCCGGAUUCCACAAAAAAAAGUUUCUCAAAUUCCGGAUUCCAAAAGGAGCAAUUUUCCGGAUUCCAGAAUCUGGAUUACCUACUUGGGGCAAAUUUAUGAUCUUUCCAUGAAGAAACUAAAACUCAUGAGUAGUAAAAUUCUCGUUCAGUUACCUUAAGCAUAACAGGUAACGAAUUCAUAACGAAGGUUAUGUUCCUGAUAUAUUUAUUUUUAUUUUUGACCGAAAUGAACAGAAUUGAGUGACAGUAGAUUCACAAAAUCGGGAAAAAGUUAUGAUAAAUUGUACGUGUCUACUGAGUGGACACUGUAUGUAUUAAAAAGUGCGAGUAGACAAAAUCGGACAACCGAGAAGUCAGCUCCUAAAUAAGAGGGGGGAAUGUAAUUGGGAUGUAGUUAGGAUGGGUUUCUCAAAGUGAUGUCGAAGCUCUUAGACUUCACAGGAUCGUUUCUAGCCUGUGCCAGGCUCUCAGAUAGAAUAGAGGGGACGUAUUAAAACGAGCAAAGCGAAAAUAUGACGCGCGCGAGCCCCCGCGCACUUUUUGCAUUUUCUUUUUACUGAACGACUUUCUCGGAGCCUGGAACAGGCUAGAUCGUUUGGAAAACAUUAACGAACAGCUUGAAAUAAAAGAGCUGCGAGAUAUAGAGGUUCAAUGAACAAAGAGAUGUUAAAGAGCCGUGAGUGGUUGGUUUUUCUCUAGAAGAGCAGUUAGCAAAAGCUUACAAUUGUUGGUGAACGUAAUAAAAGGUUCUCAGAAAUGUCACUGGUUGAGUUAUUUGUUUGUUUGUUUUUUCAUCUUGUUCUGGAG